AAAAACGCUUGGACCAUUACGCGUUCUGAAAUGACUUGAGGAUUGAAGAUUCAAACUCCAACCUUUUUUUUUUUUUUUAGCUUAGUUAGCUCAUUCAAUCUUAAUAGCGACGCCAACCUAAAAUCGCGAUGACUGAAAAUGUUCAACCCGGUACUGGCGGAGCUGCCAAUGGCGAACGGCCGACCUCCCUCACGGAGUAUACAAAGCAGCGACAGCAUCUCAAGGAGCUUCUAGGUAAGCGGAAACAGCAAGAGCGCCAGCUGUCGCAAUUGGAACAAACCAUCAUCGACCUCGAAGCUAAAUAUUUGAACAAUACCCGCUACGGCAACAUCGUCAAGGGCUUCGAUAACUAUAUCAAGGGGACUAGUUCCGCGGCCCAGCGCAAGCAAGGAGAGCUAAAGGACGAGGAUUUUAUAUGGUCGCGAUCAUCGAUAUCCUACAAUAACCUUCACCCCGACAAUACCGAAGCAACAUCCGCAACCUCGACGCCGGGCGCGCCGACCCCCGUCUCUACAACCUUCGCGAACAGGGAGAAGGACAGCGCGUCAAACCACCCGACGCCGACGUCCGCGACCGAGAGGGGCUCCGGAAAGGCCGGCAAGACGGGCAAGAAGAGGACGCAGAAGAAGGACAAAGACGCGGAUGCGGAAGACAGCGAGACGGACUCCCGCGAAACCAAGAAAGUCCGAACGCACUUUGGCGCCUCGCGAAAGUGAAGGCUAUCUAACCUAGGUACCCAGGUACCUUAGGUACAUUACAAGAGUUUAUAAUGGGAUUUCGUUUCCCGCAUUAUCCAGUGUGGUUUCGGCGUUUAUCGGCGGGUGGGCGGGCGAGUGGGCGGACUGACUGGCUGGCUUAGCUUUGACGGCGUUGGUUUGUUAGGUAGGGCGUUUAUUUGGGAAUAUAACAAAAGCACUUUUUUUACGUGCUUUUCUU